GCGGGCUGCGCGGGGCUGCGGAGAGCUGCGCUCGCGGCGCGGGGUUGCACGCGCCGCCCAGCUUGCCUUCCGUGACCUUUUUUGCCGCCGCCUCCGCCCCGCCCCGCCCCGCCGAGACCUGGCUCCGGCAGCCGGCUCUCGGGCUGCCACCUGGGGAUCCAGAGCGAAGCCGGUUGUCCUUGCUGGAAGGAACCAUGAGCCGCCAUUUUCCACUCUUGCUCUUGGCCACAGUGACUUUGCCCUUCGUCUGCUCCCGGUUAAAUCCCCUGCUUCUUGAGGAGCUCAGCUCCAACACAGGAAUCCAGGUUUUCAAUCAGAUCAUCAAGUCUCAGCCUCAUGAGAACGUUGUCGUUUCCCCCCAUGGGAUUGCGUCAGUCCUCGGGAUGCUUCAGCUGGGGGCUGACGGCAAGACAAAGAAGCAGCUUACCACGAUGAUGCGAUAUGGUGUGAAUAGAGUUGGCAAAAUGUUAAAGAAGAUCAACAAGGCCAUCGUCUCCAAGAAGAAUAAAGAUGUUGUGACUGUGGCUAAUGCAGUAUUUGUUAAGAAUGGCUUUAAAAUGGAAGCGCCUUUUGUGACAAGGAACAAAGAUGUGUUUCUAUGUGAAGUCCGGAAUGUGAGCUUUGAGGAUCCAGCCUCCGCCUGUGACUCAAUCAACAUGUGGGUGAAAAAUGAGACCAGGGGUAUGAUCAACAGCCUCAUCUCCCCCGAUGACCUUAGUGGCGAACUCAUCAGGCUGGUCCUCGUCAAUGCCGUGUAUUUUAAGGGUUUGUGGAAAUCACGGUUUCAACCUGAGAACACAAAGAAACGGCCGUUUAUGGCCGCUGAUGGGAAUUCCUAUCCAGUGCCGAUGCUAGCCCAGCUCUCUGUGUUCCGGUGUGGGUCCACAAGCACCUCCAAUGAUCUGUGGUACAAGUUCAUCGAGCUGCCCUACCACGGAGACAGCAUCAGCAUGCUGAUUGUGCUCCCGACUGAGAGCGCCACGCCCGUGUCGGCCAUCAUCCCCCACAUCAGCAUCAAGACCAUAGACAGCUGGAUGAGCAUGAUGGUGCCCAAGAGGAUACAGGUGAUCCUGCCCAAGUUCACAGCUGUAGCUCAAACAGAUAUGAAGGAGUCGCUGAAAGUUCUUGGCAUUACCGAGAUGUUCGAGCCAUCAAAGGCAAAUUUUUCGAGAAUAACAAGGUCAGAAAGCCUUCAUGUUUCUCACAUUUUACAAAAGGCAAAAAUUGAAGUCAGUGAAGACGGAACCAAAGCUUCAGCAGCAACAACUGCCAUUCUGAUCGCAAGAUCGUCGCCACCUUGGUUUAUAGUAGAUAGGCCUUUUCUAUUUAUCAUCCGACAUAAUCCUACAGGUGCUAUCUUAUUCAUGGGGCAGAUAAACAAACCCUGAAGAGUAUACAGAAGAAACCAUACAAAGCAAAGACUACUUUGCUGUGAACAAGACUCCUUUCCUACAUCUUUUUCAUAGUUCUGUUAAAUAUUUUUGUACGUUGCUUCCGUUUUCCAAAACUAGUUCUUAGCAACAGAGACUGGGUGACACAAACACUUCUGUUCUGGGAUGUGUUUUAGAGGGAAAGAAGGACAGGAUGGCUGGAACACUGUACUUAGAAAUGAAUAGAAAGGCUUCAAAACUGUCUGAAAGAUUCUUUAAACUACUGAAUGGUUACAUAGGUUAACAACCCUCUUGAGCAUUUACUGUCCUGUCCAGGAUUUUUGUUUUGUUUUGUUUUUAUGUGUGGCUUUUCAGAAGAUAUUUAAUCAGUGUGACAGGGAAAAAAAAAAAAAAAAGACAUUUUUAUGGUAGCAUUGACUUUUUAUGAAAAAAUAUAUUAUUUGCCUUUUUAAUUUUUUUCCUCCAUCCAAAGUCAUGAUGGUAAGCAUUAUUUUCAGGGUAGAAAUAGCUAAGUCUCACCUCCGUGUGUGUUUUUGUUGUCGUCGUUGUUUUAUGUAUGAGUAUAUUCACUAAAAGUUUUAAAAAACUAAUGUCUUACUAGACAAGGUUGCUGUUGUGCAGUGUGCCUGUCACCAUUGGUCUGCACUCUUCAGAUUUGCAUUUUUGUAUUUUGUACAAAGUAAAAAAUAAAGCGUUUGUGAGCAGUUAAAAAAAAUGCUGCUUCUCCAUUAUUGGAAAAUACAACAAAAGAAACAGCUUUUUUAAAACCUUUUGACCUCUUCUAAUAAUAUCUUUGCAUUUAAGCAAACAAUAAAAAGGCCAAGCCUCUGGGCUUUUCCUUUUUCCUCUGAACCUGACAAUCAAACAUUGUUUUCUGCUUCACCGCUUCUCAGUUUAGAGAUCAUGUCAAAAGAAUAACUAUUCUGGUAAUCCCAGUUCUAAUCUCAGCUGCAUUUCACAUCUCAAGCAAUGCCUGAAUAUUCUCAGCACAAGGUAGGGAUUUUGUAAGUGAAUGGUUUUUCUUUUAGGUGAUAAGCUGGAGUAUUUGUUUUUUGAAAUGACGAAAUUUUUUUGUUUUGUGGAAGAAGAAUCAUAUUCCAAGUUGAACUCAGAAGCAACUGUCACAUAUCUGGCACAGCCACACUUGAUUUGCCUGAUCUUUUCACUCAUUUUAUAAAGGUUUGAAUCCAAAAAAAAAAAAAAGCCCACUGCUGUUGAGUCGGUUGCUACUCAUAGUGACCCUAUAGGACAGAGUAGAACUGCCCCGUAAAGUUUCCAAGGAGCCCUUGUGGAUUCGAACUGCCAGCCUCUUGGUUAGCACUUAACUGCUACGCCACCAGGGGUUCUGCUUAUUUAAAUCAGAAUAGUUUAAAAUACUUCUUGUAAAAACCUGAAAACAUUUUUUUUUCUUUUUUUUUUAACACAUGGGCUCUACUGAUCACUCUUUAACUAUACAUUAAAACCUCAUAUUCAUUCAUCAAGAAGGAAAAUGAGGUCUCCAAGUAUGAGAAACAUGAUUCAGAAGAUUGGAAGCAUAAUACCUCUAUGUCUUGAUAACCAUGUCGUUUGACCAGUCAGAGCCUAUACUGUUCUCAUAAUUUAUGCAUUUUAUGUUUUUGAAAUCACUUAGCUGAAAACACUGGUGGCUGUAGAAAAGACCAGCUUUUGAAGCAAAAUCAUGUUAGAAAAUUUUAUACCUAUACUUUUAUGAAUUAAACUCUCAUAUCCACAAAUUGCAGGAAAAAAAGCAUCCGCCAAUUUGCCUUUUAUAAUUCUGAUCUGUUAAGUGGAAUGAGCUCUAUUGCUAGUAAGUAUGUAUGCUUUGGCUAAUUAAAAGAGAAGGGAGAAAAGGGAACUGUUUUCCCUAUUUUGAAGAGCUACCUCAGGCCACUUUCUAGUAAACAUGUUAAUAAUUGCUAAUAUCUCUAACAGCCUCUUCUACUGGGUUCUCUAGUUUUCUGAUCCCAUUCAGAUAUUAUUUUUGAAGAGUUUAAAAUAGAAAUAGUGUUUGUAGGAAUCCCAGAAUUAUACACUCACUUCAUUCAUUGAGGUACCUACUGGGUACCAAAUUCUGGGGCGCUUGUAGGGAUGGAGAGAUAAAUACGUCAUUUCCUUAAGGAAUUUAGUCUUGGGAAGGAGAGAGACAAUACUAGCACAGCAAGGUUUCUCACUGUUACAAGUGUAUUUAUAAUAUAUGGAAGUAAGACAGGAGUAUGAGUCCAAGAGAGAAAAUGUAAAAAUGUCUGCAGAGCCAAGGCUAGAUCCCAGGGCUCACUCCAGAAAGGACCAAGAGUUUGCCUUUCUAAUAUUGCCUAAUGGAAUAUCCUUUUUGUAUCAUACUGCGGUGCAGUGAAUUACUUCUGUAUGGCCCUUCUAGCCAUGCACUUGUAACCCUCACAAAAUGAUUGGGUGGGACUAGGCAAAUAAGGUGCUUGUGGACCACCAAGGGGGUUGGAUAGUUUUGCUAUUGCAAACAAGGUACAUGGAAUGCUUGCAGGGGUGGGAUCAUGUAAAUAAGCUGCAUGGAAUCCUUGUCGGGGAUUGGUCAGUUUUGCCAUUCCCCUAGGCUUAAAGGGAGCCAAUCCCAGAGGUUGGAGGGGGACCUCACUACUAUCAAGAAAAAGCCAGGAGCAGGAUACAUCCCUUAGACCCAGGGUCCUUACACUGAGAACUUCCUGGACCCAGGAAACAGAACUGUAACACUGAAGACGGCAUGAGACGGCAGCAGUACGGGACCAGGAGGCUAUGCUCACUGACCUACAGAGCAAGAGAGCCAAGUGCCUUCAGGCAGGAGGAUUCCUGGUAAAGUAGGGUGUCUCUGGGCACUUACCAGCGGAGCUAAGGAGCUUUGUAACACUUGCCUGAGCAGAGCAGAGGCCAGGCCCAGAGCAUGGGUUGAGGGCUGAGGGCUGAGAGAGGUAUGGCUGAGAAGAACCUGUUCUGAUCAAAGAACUGCAUCCUGAGUCGUUCCUGUUACUUCCAACCUGAUUCUGAUCUGAAUUGUAACCUGUUACUUCCCUAAUAAACCCCAUAACUGUGA